UUCGACGCCGAGCUUUCUUGAGGGCACUGGAUCACACCGGCCGGCGGUCUUCUCCAUCCCGUCUCUUUAUGGCUGCUGCUGCUGCUGCUUUGGGGGCGGAGUACGGGGGGCGGACGAGCGUCCGCGUGGUGGUGAUCGGCGACCAGGGCACGGGCAAGUCGAGCCUCAUCGUCGAUGCCGCCACCGACUCCUUCCCCGAGAGCCCCCCUCGCGUCAUGCCCCCCACCCGCCUCCCCGCCGACUACUUCCCCGAUCGCGUCCCCAUCACCAUCAUCGACACCUCCUCCAGCCCCGAGAACAGGGGGAAGCUGAUCGGCCAGUGCCAGGCCGCCGACGCCAUCGUGCUCACGUACGCCUGCGACCGCCCCGCCACCCUCGAUCGCCUCACUACCUACUGGCUCCCGGAGCUCCGUCGCCUCGAGGUGCAGGUGCCUGUGAUUGUUGUGGGUUGUAAGCUGGAUCUUCGGGGGGAGCAUCAGAUGAGUCUCGAGCAGGUGAUGCUGCCCAUCAUGCAGCAGUUUCGCGAGAUCGAAACCUGCAUCGAAUGCUCUGCUCUUAAGCAGAUUCAGGUCCCUGAAGUCUUCUACUAUGCCCAGAAGGCAGUGCUUCAUCCGACUGCCCCGCUCUUCAAUCAAGAGACUCAGUCAUUGAGGCCUCGGUGUGUCAGGGCCUUCAAGCGGAUUUUCAUCCUCUGCGACAAUGACAGAGACGGUGCUCUCAGUGAUGCAGAGUUAAAUGACUUUCAGGUGAAAUGUUUUAAUGCUCCUCUCCAGCCUGCUGAAAUUCUCGAUGUUAAGGAGGUUGUGCAAGAGAAGAUGCCUGAAGGAGUGAAUGAGGACGGACUCACCUUAACUGGAUUUCUUUUCCUACAUGCUCUUUUUAUAGAAAAAGGGCGUCUAGAAACAACAUGGACAGUAUUAAGGAAAUUCGGAUAUGAUAAUGAUCUUAAACUUAGAGAAGAUCAACUCCCGAUAUCAUUUAAGAGAGCUCCUGAUCAAAGUGUGGAAUUGACAAAUGAAGCGGUGGAAUUCUUGAAAGGAUUAUUCUUCUCGUUUGACGUUGAUAACGAUGGGGCUCUACAACCUGCUGAACUUGAUAAUCUUUUUUCAACAGCACCUGAGUGUCCUUGGUCCGUGGAAGGCCCUUUCAAGGAUGCUGCUGAGAAGAAUGUUUUGGGAGGACUGACACUUGCAGGUUUUCUAUCUGAGUGGUCCCUCAUGACGCUUCUAGACCCAACAAGUAGUCUAGCUAACCUGAUUUAUCUUGGAUACACUGGUGAUCCUGCUGCAGCAUUUCAUAUCACCAGAAAAAGGCGGCAAGAUCGCAAAAGGAAACAGUCGCAAAGAAAUGUUUACCAAUGCUAUGUCUUUGGCCCUAAAAAUGCUGGAAAGUCUGCUUUGUUGAGUUCAUUUAUCGGAAGGGCAUUUGUUGAUCAGUAUAACCCAACAACCACCGAGCAAUUCGCAGCAAAUGUUGUUGAGGUUCCAGGGGGAAUAAAAAAGACACUUGUUUUGCGAGAGAUACCCGAAAACAACAUCGACGUAUUGUUGUCUAAGGACUCUUUAGCACCAUGUGAUAUAGCAGUAUUUGUUUAUGACAGCUCCGAUGAGAAUUCAUGGAAAAGGGCAAAAGAGUUGCUUGUGCGGGUGGCAACACAUGGAGAAAACAGUGGCUUUGAAAUUCCGUGCCUUAUCAUAUCUGCUAAGGAUGAUCUUGAACCAUAUCCCUCUGCUAUACAGGAUUCCACUAGAGUAAGCCAGGAUAUGGGAAUAGAGACACCUAUACCUCUCAGCAUGAAGCUGAGAGAUUUCAACUAUGUGUUUCGUAGAAUAGUUAGUGCUGCUCAACAGCCCCAUUUGAGCAUUCCAGAAACUGAAGCUGGAAAAAACCGCAAGCAAUAUCGACGCCUUGUAAACCAUUCCCUCAUGUUUAUUUCAGUGGGAGCAGCUGCUGCAGUUGUUGGAGUUGCUGCUUACCGGGUUUAUUCGGCAAGAAAGAACACCUCGACUUGAAGAUCUUUGGAGGUCACAGUGGGAGCAGCUGCUGCAGUUGCCAUUGUGAAGGAAGAGUUGUCCUGAACAGCUUUGUACAAAAUAAAUAUGAUUAUUCUGCUGUCCUGUAAACUCCCAUUCUGUAUUAUUUUUUAUCUUUUUGGUUUCCUCUCCUUGUACAUGUUUGCACCCAUCUUCCGUUGAGGUGUAGCAAAGCAUGAUUGCAAUUUUGCAUAUAGGUUUGGAAUUUUCUGAUUAUUUUAAAUUUCCGAACAUGUUUGAACCAAGAUGUGAUGGGAUUAUGUUUGGUUGGUAGGAAGGUAGACGCCGGUGUCCUUACAUAGCUACAGUUGUUGUUUUAUUCUAACUUGUUGCAGUUUGUUCUUCAGAAUGAUUCAAUUUGUUUUCUCACUAUUUGCAUAGUUC